AUGUCUGGACUCGCCGAUUAUUUGGCCAAGAAUUAUCUCACAGCAGACUCGGAAAAGAAGUCGAAGAAGCGCAAGAGGAAGAACAAGGAUGCCGGACUCAUCAUUGACGACGACGACAGUCUGGGCUGGAAAGACAAGGCAGAUGACGACGACGAGGAUGCGCCGAUGAUAGGUAUGGACAUUGUAAUCUCUGCACGUUGCGCAAACUUGGCUCUAACAAAUUACGCUACAGUCGGUGGAGGCACACUCAAAAAGUCCAAGAAGAAGUCCAAAGGCACCAAUGCCGCAACAUGGACAGCAGUGGGUGUCGCCGCGCCCUCCCACGCCGAACAACUCGCAGCCGAUGCAGCUGCCGCCGACGCCAUUAUAGCAGGGACCGCUGCCGAUCGCCAAAAAGCUGCUGAAGCCGAGGAUGAAGCACCAGAGAUGGUAGACACAGAUGGCGUCAUGAGGAUGGAGUCCGGCGCAAAGGCAGGACUGCAAAGCGCCGCUGAGGUCGCGGCAGCAACGAAGAGAAAACAAGACGAGGACAAGCGCAAGGCCGAGGAGGUCGCAAAGGAAUUGGGGGGCGCCGCGCAAGAAACCAUUUACCGAGACGCCAGUGGUCGCAUAAUCAACGUCGCAAUGAAGCGCGCAGAAGCGCGCAAAAAAGCCGAAGAAGAGGAGCGCAUAAAGCGUGAAAAGGAAAAGGCAGCUCGCGGAGAUGUACAGAACGCAGAGGCCCAGCGCAGGAAACAGCAGUUACAGGAUGCAAAGACGAUGACUAUUGCGCGGUAUGCAGAUGAUGCAGAACUCAACGACGAACUGAAAGAACGGGGGCACUGGAACGACCCGGCUUCAGGCUUUCUGCGCAAGAAAAAGGCUGGACGUAGUAUUACAGGCAAGCCUCUGUACCAAGGACCAUUCCAACCAAACCGGUACAACAUCCGUCCAGGGCAUCGGUGGGAUGGCAUCGAUCGGGGAAAUGGAUUCGAGAAGCAGUGGUUUGACUCGAGAAACCGCAAAGCAAAUAUCGAGAAGCUGGAGUAUCAAUGGCAGAUGGACGAGUAG